GCACUCCCUUCUCACAGGCGCCAGUGCCCUUCCCCGGCCAUGGCUCCGGGACCUGCAGGGCGUCCGGGCGGGACGAGCGGCAGCUGGAGGUCGGACAUGCAGACGGGGCCCCGGCUGCCCGGCCGCGCCGCCCUCUGGGCCCCCGUGGUCCUGGCCCUCGGCCUGGGCCUGGCCAGCGCCCAGAGGACCCUGGAGGAGGUGCCCGUGCAGCCCGGCUUUGACGUCCAGAAGGUGGCCGGGCGCUGGCUGACCCUCCGGCUGGCCUCCAGCCGGGCACACCUGGUCUCCCCCGACGACCCCCUGAGGCUGGCUCUGCGUUCCAUCGAGACGCGGGACGGGGACCUGGAGUUCGUCUUGUUCUGGACGGCGGAGACGAUGUGCAGAGGCGUCCACGUCACCAUCCACCCGACUGGGCUCCCAGGCCAGUACCGUGGCUCCUUGGAGGGAGGAGCCCGCAUGCACGUCCGCUUCGUCAGCACCAGCUCCGACUACAGCAGCCUCAUUCUCUACGUCCGCGUUGAGGAGGGCGGGGACGGCGGGGACGGGGGCGAGGUCACCAGCCUGUGGGCGCUGCUGGCCAGACGCUUGCCCGGGGACGCCCGGUGGCUGAGGAGGUACCUGGGGUACGUGAGGGAGUUCCAGCUGCAGGAGGCCCCCGUCUUCAACCUAGAGGCCCAGUGUCCUCCUCCUGAAGCUUACAUCCGCCCCCUCCCUUGAGUUUCCUGCCUCCUUCCCCAGUUGCCCGCUGCCUUUCUACCCUCUGUUGCCUGAAGCCCUUCCAGCCCGUGCCCGCCUCACCCUCUUUGUCCCUUUCCUGGCUUCUCCUUGGCUUUGGGUCACCAGGUCCUCUGUAGCCAUGGCUGAGGGGCCCACUGCCCUGGCAGCCUGGCCCGGGCUGAUGUCACUCUGGGUGGUGAGGAGGAGCCGGUGGCCUGGACUCAGCAUUACAGUCCAGCGGACGGAGCCACGGGGACGUUCGCUGGGAAAGUGACCCGUUCGGGGCCUGGCCGGCACCCCUCUGACCUGUCGCCUCCUGGGUCUGCUCUGGGACACUGCCCGCCCGGUCUGAGGGGCCGUGAGUGAUCUGCUGCCCUGAAGAGCCGGGUGAAGAGCCGUGGCACCUUCCGCAGGUGAGCUGAGCCAGGUCACGCCCUCUCUGAGCGUCAGGGGCCCUGUGAGGGCGUGGCCUAGAGGCGGAUGCCCACCUCUGCCUGGACGAGCCAGGGCUCACCCACCGGCCAGGCCAUCUCUUAGGAAACUGGGUCGGGUGAGAGCCUCUAUCCUUACGUCUGGAAAUGCCGGGAGACAGGUCUGACCAGCUCCUGCCCCAGCGACGCCCUCAGCGGGCAGGCCUCCCGCAGGCCAGCAGGGCGGCCACCUGUGCGGUUCCGCAUGAGGAGCAGCUGUGAGCGGCCCACAGCCUCCUCGGAACCAGGAACCCACGCGGAACAGAAACGGACGCGUUUGAUCACACGGCACAGGCGCACGCGCGGCCAGGAUCCACGGACUCGCACGGAGACAGUGCCCCCGUCCUGACUCUGGGCCCUGGGAAGGGGACCUGAAUACACAGGCCCGUGAUCCCCUGCCUCGUCUCCAAGCGGAACGUUAAUAGCCCCGGGUUAGCCUGCACCUCUGAAGCCGCCCGAUCCGUAUCCCGACCACGAGUUUUCCCCAAACUGCAAACCCGAUCGCAGCGCCGCCCGAGGGAGUCAAGGUUUGAUGUGUUUUAGAGAGGACUCGUGCCAUCUGGUCUUGUGGGCAGUUAGACAGGCAUGUGCAGAGCAGAACCGUGGGCCGGGUG